AUUGCAUUGCAAUAUUACUGCGAGUGUAAUAAAAAAGACAUGUCACAGCACGAACUGCGCCAUUCGAAAACUCCGGAGACAGGCGCGAGCGGCCACAGCCAUGGCUCUGCAACGACCGCCGUCAACUUUCAGUCCCGGCGACACAUCCCCGACAUCGCAUGUCUUCCUCAUCGCCAUGUUAUCUUCCACUCUUUCCAUGUCACUGUUACCGUCCCAAGUCGGCGGUCAUCCAGGCAUCCUAACUACUGAAGAUGGUUCUCUCAUAAUAAAGUCUGCUCUUCCCAACGAGAUCUCGUUCUAUCAGACUGUCGCUGUCGACCCAGGCUUUCAGCCCCUCCGUGACUUUGUACCUCAGUUCUAUGGCACACUCAGGUUGGAGGGUCAGAUAGACCCAGAUGCAGAUGGGAAUGACCUCGGGUCGGUGAAGCCCGUAGAGGAGAACUUGACAUUCACAUUCUUGAAACCUAACGUGCUUGACGUCAAACUUGGGACCGUGUUGUACGACGACGAUGCAACAGCGGAGAAGAAGGAACGCAUGGACAAAGUUGCGAGAGAGACGACAUCCGCGGAGACAGGCAUACGAUUAACAGGAUUCCAGGUCUAUGAUCUCGCAAGAAACCAGCCAAUCUUCACUCCGAAGAUAUAUGGAAAGUCUAUCAAACCGGCAGAUCUUCCCGACGGGAUUGCACGUUUCUUUCCCUUACCGUCGAACUCGCAAGCACCAUCACCACCACCAGAGCCUUCCCCGUCGAGCAGGUCGAAUGAAAUCGAAACGUUCAAACACGAACAUGGCACGGGGCUCCCUGCUGAUAUCCUUAUACCAAUGUUGACGGAAAUAUGCUCCGAAGUGGAGGAGAUCCGCGACGCGCUGUCAAAGGUGGAUGUACGAAUGGUGGGCGCAAGUCUCUUGAUCAUCUAUGAAGCCGACUGGGAGCGUGCUCGCGAGGGCAUGCGUCUUCUACAUGAAUACCAGAGCAUGGAGGCAGAUAGUGAGAAGGGGGUUGAGGAGGAUGAGGAAGAUGAUGGCGACGACAGCGAUUCGGAGUCGCCGGGACCACCUUUCAUCGUCAGAUUAAUUGAUUUCGCUCAUACGAAGAUUUUGCCGGGGCAGGGUCGCGAUGAGGGCGUCCUGCUGGGUCUAGACACAGUCAUCAAACUCUUGGGCGGACGGAUAGAACAAAUCAAGGCGUCGACACCUAGUAGCGCGAAUGCUCCUCAUGCGCAGAAUCCCCAGCAUACCCUCAAGUCGAACACUUAUACCCCUGUCGCAUCGCAUGAUAUAUCUGACCUCACCGAGCUCGUAUCAAUGUCAACUUCCCUGGACACGCCCAAAGACAUAGCACGGACAUAG